GGGAAUGGCCAUCCGAAACAUAUGUAGCAAAAACACUGCUACUUAUUUUCUUGUUCUCCAUGUGCUCUGGUGAAGCGCUUGCUUAACGAUGCAUUUUUCGAUACCGGAUACGCAAGAACUCAAAGACGAGAGCGGAUCUACAUACGUCGCAUACAAUAUACACGUGAAUGGUUCUUUUCACUGUGCCGUUCGCUACAAGCAGCUUCACAGUUUGCACGAUCAGCUGAAAAAAGUGUUUGGAUCGGCGGCGCUUCCUCCAUUUCCACCGAAGAAGCUGUUGCCAUUGACACCAACGCAAACUGAAGAACGACGAGGAUUCCUUGAAAAAUACAUCCAGCUAGCUAGCCAAGAUGCUCGUGUGUCAUCUGACGAGGCCUUCACGGGUUUCCUGCUGUCUGCUCAGCAGGAGACCAUGGGUGCCCCUCCCAAGGAGGUCGACUUUGACGUGUUUCUAAUGAACUGGCAGAAGGUCACAGUGUCCGUACUCUCCACGGACCCCACUGAUGUAGUCAUGGAUGCUGUGGCAAGGGAGAUUGGAUUGCCUCAAGACCUCAUAUGCUACUUUGCUUUAUUUUUAGUAAAAAGGGAGGAUGCGGAUAUAAUAAUUCAGAAGCGGCUAGAAAACUUUGAGGCCCCUUACCUCUCCCAAACGUCAGCUGGUCCAGGUCACUGUAUUGUUAUCAGGAAAAGCUACUGGGACAGCGGCUGGGACGAUGCGCUAAUGGAUGAUCGCAUUGCUCUGAACCUGGCCUAUGUACAGACGUUGAGUGAUGUAGAACGGGGCUGGGUAGUUGUGCCCAAGGAUACACAGCGACAGCUAGCCACCCUUCAAGCCAAAGGCUCCAAAAAGGAGUAUCUACAACUGGCACGGACUCUCAAGUAUUAUGGCUAUCUACAAUUUGCUCCCUGCUUCUGCGACUAUCCACAACCCGAUACACGUGUUCUCAUUAGUGCCGGUGGUAGGGAGCUCAAUUUCAGACUUGCCUUAGCACAGGACCAGUACAAAGAAAUCAGCUUUCGAGUCACAAGGAUACGAUGCUGGAGGAUCACAACUGCUGUGAUAGACCAUGCAAAUGGAGAGUGUUCUGGGAACUCUCAAAGUUCAGAUGGAAAGCACCAGAGACUAGAGCUUUCAUUCGAGUACCUGAUGAGUAAGAACAAGCUCCAAUGGAUCACAGUGGUCAGCAGUCAGGCGAUCCUGCUUAGUGUGUGCCUGCAAGGCAUGGUGGGUGAACUGUUGCUGAAGAAGCAAGGCGCCAACCGACCCCAGAAUAACAACACUCGCCAGAGGCCAGGCAGUGGUCGCCGUGGCUCGUGGAGCUUCCUCAAGCGCGAUGGUUCCAGCUACCAGAUCUCUGUCAGCCGAUCUGCAUCCACCGACGGUAUUGUCCACGAAACGCGCGAGGAUGGCAAGUCUAGGACGAGAGAGACAACGCGAAAGCACAGCGACCCCAAACGUAACAGUGGGAUCAUGUCUCCAAAGGCUACCAUGGAGAACGACGCGUUUGAAGGUAUUGGUGACGACGACCUUUGAGCAUCGUUUUAUUCAAUGGACUUUAAAGAUGUGACUGGUGUGACAUAUGUACUCUUUUUUAUGGAUGGGUGCUGGCAUGAAGUAUUGAGUGAUUGAAAUGCUUCUAUGGCCAAGUGUCGUAAUACUUUGGCAUUCCAGCAGCGAGUGCCCGAGAUUUAUUAUCAAAAGCUUGAUUGUGUAUACCGUCCUUGUGUUUCUGCUUACUGACGUUUGUUGCAAUGUGUGCCGAUCAGAAAUGGUGCUUUGUUCUGCUAGAUGGAUGAAGUAUGGCUUUAUUUUGCCUUUAUUUUUUUUUUGCACCGUUAUUAUGGAAGCGUUUGCUGCGAAAGGCUUUAUUCUUUUCCAAGUCUUAUUCUUCUAUGCAAAAUCACUCUGUGGGAAAGGUUUGUAAAAUGCUUAACCCUUGUCUAGAAUGCUCAACUGAUAAGUAAAUCGUCAAAUGGACAGGUGCUGUAGUCAUCUGGCCAGUCUUCGAGAAGAAAUAUUUUUAGUGGCAUGCAAAUGUGACGCUUAGUACGAGUCUCUAAUGAAAUGUAUUUCAUUACACUAUUCUGAAUUGUUAGGAGACAUUGCAGAAAAACAGCUUAGUGUUAAAAAACUAACUGAUGUAAAGAGAAGGGAGCAGCAUGCAAGGCACAAGCCAAUUAGUAGAGAACGGUAAAGCCAAAUACUUUUUUGAAAAAUUUUUUCAAGUUUUUUGUACAAUUGCCUAAUUCUUCUAGUUACUGCUGUAUUGAAGCACCUGUUAUAAGUGACACCACAUUCACAGCACAUUGUUUUAAUGACACAACUGAUUUGCAUGCCUUGGUUUAAUCUGUUUACAGCAAGGAAAUAAAAGAAAACUAGAAAGUAAAUUUUAUUUCCUCAGAAAAUUUAUCGUACUGAUUGGUGGAAGUUGAACGAUUACAUGAAUCGUUAUAACUAAAUUCAGUGUUUAUCUACUGCCACCACCAAUAUUAACUGCAUGCAUAUGUUCUGUCCGUGCACUAGCUGGAAUCAAAGCUGGUUUUAGGCAUGAAAAUACAAUGAAUUAGAGGAGACUGCAUUUUCAUAAUGCUGUGAACACUGCAAUUUCUUCCUAAAUUUCAACACCCUUACGUAGCAUAAGCUAUGAAACAAUGACUGAUAUGAGAGCAUCUUGCGUGCGCUUCGUCCUGUGGCGUGAACGACCCCGUAGGCAGCUUUCAACAUUUCUUGCCUUUGCUGCUGUUGCUUGGACAUCUGCUAUAGGAACAGAUUCUUAGUUCUCUCUUUUUGAAAGCCUGGAGUGUGUAUUUGUGACUCAUCUGUAACACUGUGUACAUAUCUGGCGCUGAAAGAGUGAUGUGGAUUUUUCCAGUGUGUGUGUGUAAGGCAUGAUUGUUGGGUACAGUUCUAGACAUAAUAUUUGUGCAAGGCUUAGCUAUUGUCAUAGUGCGACAGCAUGCCAGAAAUGUGACCUGAAAAUCGUUAGUGUUCUGGCUCAAGUGGGAACUCAUGCACUCAACGUGUACGUAUGACAACGAAUCUAGAAACGUAAGUUAGAGCUGUUUGUUUUAAGCACUUUCUUAUUGUUAAGUUUCUGUGCAUACUAAAUAUCGUGCUUGCUAUGGCCCAUCCACAAUUUAUUUUGCUCGUUUUUUAAAGCUUCCCGCAAGCUUGUUUCUCAUUUCACAGUGACACUUGUCACUAUUGUCGGAAUAUAGCAUGUUAUGAUUGUUGGUGAAUGCCAUUUUAUUUUGUAGAGUACCUAUUAAGUGCUUACCCUGCAUAUGCCGCCCGGUAAUCCUAGCAUGUUAACGUCAGUGCAGCUUCUCUGGAGAGAGGUUUUAUUGCUUGCGUGAGGUUCCGUUGUAGUGAGAUUUGUUGGCCCAUCACAUCAGCUUCGCGUGUUUGGAAAGUUGUGGCUUUCCGUCUUCUUUUUCGAGGGGGACACUUACAAGGCCACACUAUGUUUAGUUGUGUUGAGAUUAGUCCCGUUUGUUGGCAUAUUAUUAUGUUUGGAGCUAGGCUUAUCAAUUACAACAUAUGGGCUGUCAUUUCUUUAUAUACACACACACAUGCACGCAUACACACACACACAUCUAUAUAUAUAUCUAUAGGCAUGUAUACAAUGCUUGUUUUAUUGAUUUUGUACACUGUUACUCUUAUACGUAGAACAGCCAAGCUGUGUCUAUUUACCCGGUUUAUCUUUUGCUUGGCUGGCAUGGGGAAAUUAUUGUUGCCGGUUCUAAACCGUCAUUUCUUCUUCCUUUAGGCAUGAGCUACCUUUUGCUGCUGUUGGCAACAAGUGUAAUUUUUAUGUUAGCAUGUCCUCCUGCUUCCAGUGGCCGUAGAGAGCUUUGGAAAGUUGCCAGAUUUGUUGCUUUUUUUUGUCGCAAGAUUUGAUAUAGAAAUUUCUGUUAUGAAGAUGGAUUAUUCAACUAGCAGAAAAUAAGCUUGUUUUCUGCUGGAUAUAUUUAAACCAUUUCAAAACAGAGAAAGACAAAAAAAAAGCAGCGUCCUUUGGCUGUGUAUCACAUACAAAAAAGUGUUGUGGUUGAAAUGGCCUAUUUGGCUUUUAUGAUUGUUUUUGCAAUGUCUGAAUUCAGUGCCAAAGUCAGUGAGAGAAGUUUUGUUGCCAUCAUGCUAGAUACAUAUGUGCAAUCAUUUCAGAGCAGUUUGGUAAUGCGCCAAUUUUCGCGGCAGCUGGUUACAGUCGGCAAGUUGCUCUUUCACUGUUGUUGAACAAGGAAUGCUAACUUUGUUGUAGUUGUCUAUGCUCUAACACGAAAAAAGUAAUGCAUGUGGCCAUAGCUAUGUAAUAGACUUUUCCUUGCGGUUUCAAGGCCAUAUUGCUUACAGAAUGCUAGCAUGAUAAUCACACGUAUUAUGCAUUCUUCACUAUAUGACUGGAAAAUAUUUGCAGGUUCUUGGUCAUGAAGUAAAUCUUUUCCUUAGAAGUCUCUACUUAACCUUGACAUGCUGCAUUAUCUGGCUUUGGUGUGUUCGUAGAGUACUAUCAACAUUGAAGGCCCAAAAUAAGGGCUACACACUGUCCUAUUGUGCUGAAAUGCAAAGAGGGGGUGAGGGAGGGUGGGGAGAAAGGAAAAAUAAAAAAGCAAAUAACAUCAAGCUAUUUCACUUUGUAAGAAACUUAGUGAUGGAAUCUGGGAUUUGUACCCAUGUAGGAGAAGGUUGUGGAACUUGCCCUUUGCGUAGGAGCUUCUUCAUUGAGAUACUCCCCAAAUAUUGUUGAAACCUUUUUGUUGUCGUUGUUAUAUGCCAUAGCUCUCAAACUAUUCACAGCUUUGUUUGGGACAAUUCCCAGCCGAAGAUUUCUCGUCAUAAAGCAGCACAGCUCACGAUGCUCUCUCUCUCUUUUAACUGCUUAUCACCUGACUCAAGGUGUGCUGGUGGUCAGGCUCACAUUUCGAUGCUCUAAAAUCCAGGUUGCUGAGUGGCCCAGAAUGCAAGAGUGAUCUGUAUGUUGCAAGUGUAAGAAGUAGCAAUUUUUGUGUGCAGUUUUCAUAACUUUGCGAAGCCUACUAUCACAUAGCAUGGCAUACUUUAUACUGCUUGUACAUAGAACUGUAUAUCAAAGGGGAUCAGAAAGAAAAGAGGGAAGUUACAUCUAUAUGAAUACAUAUAUACAUAUAUAAAUACGAUACAUAUUUUUUGUAUGUGAGAGGAAGCAUUGAAACUUCCGCUCAAAUUUAACUGUCUGACUGAAGUUGUGGUGUUUGAGACCAAACAGCUCUAGCCCACUCUUUUCAGUCCACUCUGCUUAGCGGGAACACCAGGUGCAUGCACACGGUGUUGACGCUGGCAGUUGAUGGUUGGAUGUAAUUUUAACGUGGUGAGUGCGCCAAGUUAAGUGCAAGGUGACGUGCGUCCAUUCUGCCGAUUUCUCAGCUGAGUGCAUGUUGUCCACAAUUCUGUUAUUGUUGCUUGCAUGAAAUGUGAAAUUGGCCUCCCUGUCAAACAAACGAAGCAUAAGCAGAGUGGCCCGUUAGGGAUACUGAGCUAAAUGUUUGAUUUCAGUGCAAGUACAGAUUUUGAUGCCUGCCGCAAAUGUGGGUGGAUGGGUUCAUGGAUUGCUGUUGAAUCUUGUUUCCCUACUAGUUGUUGAAAUUUUGGUGCCAAUUCACAUCAAAGGAUAGGUUUUGUGACUAUUGGCACUUAGCGUGGUUCUUUAUGCUGUCAUUCAGUGUGGCUUGCAUUGCUAUCAUUUGUGGAAUGGAGUAGUGCUCUGAUCAUUCUGACAGAGGCAGUCUCUAAGGAGAAUGGUCUAGUUGUUUGCUUCAGAAUAUGGAUACACACUAAAAACACUUAUAGCCUGUUGUGAGACGCACUGUGCAACUAACUACAAUUUAACCUCAAUAUAACUGCCAUGCUCUCAUUAUAUCAUUUAUAUAAACAAGACAUGUGGAAAAGAUGUCACAUGCAAAGCGUGUGGCAACUCUCAAUGGCGUAUUGUGGACGCAUACUUAUUUUUGGUCAGUAGCAAGAUUUUGAGCCAGCCAAUUUUCUGUGUGAUCGCAGCAUUGAUACCUUUGUAGAUUAAUCAUGGGCCAAAUAAUGCUUGUUAAUUUUGAUUGAUUUGCCAUUGAUCGGCACGGAAAACUCGGACAUGCUAUUAAAGUUUAUAGGUGACCCUUUUCUGGCCUGUUGUAGGCAUCAUGUUUUUUUUUUAGCUCGUAGCCAAUCACACUUUUUUUUUUUUCGUGGUGACGUCAGCAUAUACGCAUGUGCCCUUGUAAGUAUAGUAUUCCUAUGUCGGACGGAACAUUGCCAAGGAACUGUUUGACCUUGUCAUGCACUGAGGCCACGAAUAGCUUUAUAAUUAACAAGAUAACAGAUAAAUAUAAUGAGCUUAGAAAGUGACAGUGGCUCGAAAGUAAGCACUCAUUAAUGAAUAAUUUUGACAACACCUUGGCGAGCUGCAUCAUGUUGCUAGAUUUUACUGUAGAUGAUGAUGUGAAAUAGUUCAAAUCAGCCCUUAGAGAUUGUCUCUGUAGGAGUGGAAAUUGGUAUCAAGUGCUUGAGGCAGGCUGUCAGUUUAUAAUGAUUUUUUGACAACUUGGCAAGUCAGUAGGUAUCGCUACCUUUUCCUCAAACGCCCAUCUCUUCAUAGCACGUUUGGUUAAGCGGUUGGUUGACAGUCUUGUCAUCGCCCGAAACUUCAAGACAUAUAAAAGACCGGUAUAGAUUCAUUUUGUAUUCGUCUUAUGUGCUUUUAACGACAAAAACAGUACCGUUAUUAGACUGUUCGUUCUAAAAAAGCAUGAAGUGUUGAGUAGUGUGUUUAAAAGCAGCCAAUGAAAUGCAUGCAGAUGUAACAAACAUAAUAGAAAAAUUUUAUGGGCUAUUGUCAUUCAUGUUUAUAACUGUCCGAGUUUCUAGUUGUUUUAGCUCAUCUGUUUCUUCGUUUAGCUUUGGCAGCAGGUCACGUUGAUUGAAAGAAAAAAUUAUUCCUGCAAUUUACUGUAAGGUUUCUAAAUUGUGCAUUGUUGUUUUUCUCAGCCUGGCAUUCUGGAUUUAAUGUUUUUUUUUAGGUGGACAUUCUUUAUUCUCUGAUGAGAUGUGGUGUGAAAAUUCUUGGCUGUAGUGCUUAGUGCCAUAUGAAGGCAAGAAAAAUAUGUUUUGCGGUAAAUUUUUCUUUCAUCUGUUUUCAAUUUACGAUACAAAUUUCAUUAUUGGUUUUCUGUGUGAUGGCAAACUUUGUGUAUAUGGAACUUUGUAUUUGGAACUUGCUCUGCAGUUUGAUUGUGAAUGUACGCUCUUUUUCCCUACUCCUGAGGUGCGGUCCUGUUGAAUAUACAUUUUUAUAUGCUACGGUAUGUGAUAAAUGACUUUCAUCUUUGUAUCUUCUCCACAGCUUUUUCAAGCAUUUUGCUUGCAGUUUAUAUUCUCAUCAUGUGGGUAUAAUAAAUUAACCCAGCUAUA